AUGGCUUCCUUUGCACAAAAAAUCGUACAGGAUACACAAAAAGUCAAUGAACAAAAGACUAUUAUGGCCAACCCUCUAAGUGUUAUCACUCCAGGAAAUGAUUGCAGUAAGAAAAUUUUCAAUUUUUAUCUUGACACCUGCUUUGUUAAACUAUCAACGAUCAAUCAACUCAUAAAAUACAUUGAUUACGUCAAAUUAAAAGAUAUAUCAAUUCGUUACAACUCUCGCAAAUGGUUUUCAAUAUGCGUUAUUUGCGAAAUAAACGAAAACGACUUCUUAGUAUCCGAUUUACAUCAUAGUGCUUUCAAAUUAACAUGCAAACACAAACUUCCAUACAAAGUUUUUGAUGUUUUAAUAAUUUCAUGCGCAUUCGUUAAUUAUAAUAUAAUUAGAAUAACUGAUCCAAAACAAAUCAAGAGGCUUGGACAUUGUGAUAAAAUUAUAAAAUGCGGUCGUUGUGAUCCAACAAAUAAGAAAUGCUCGCAAUACAUUGAUUCAAGAGAUGGAACUAAUUGUGAUUAUCAUACAACUCAAUCAUUCAUGGAAGCCGGACAAGAUAGACAGCUACUCAAGCAAACUACACUCCCAUAUGCCAAUGAAUUACCAGAUAGCAUGAUUCCUAAUGAAGAUGAAGACCUAAAAUAUGUUUCUAGAGAUGAUAGUGCAGCAAUUAAAGCUUAUUUGGAAAGCCAUAAAUAUGGAAGAUCAGCUAAGUUAGUCCAUGCAAUCCAGCUCCAGAAUUCUCCAGUAAUCGGAAAAGGAUUUAAAUCCGGUGAUGAAAUUAGAUUAUGA